AUGUCCGUCAGCGAUGCGGUACGGCAAGUAUUGCGGGGCAAAGGCUGCCUGUCUGCAGGACGAAUCGGGAGCUUAAAGGAGGGCAUGAAGGCCGACAUCCUUGUGUCUGAUGGCUCGAGUCCGGCUAUGUUGGCUGCUGCCGUCGAGAACACCCUUGCUGCUAUCGUGCUCCACACUGCGCUGGAGAAGUCCACGAGCGUCGUGAAGUCGGGCACAGCCUUGACCUGGAAGGACGUUGUCAAGGGGGUGUUGGGGAGUCGGCUGUCUAUCAAGGAGAAGCUCAAGCCGAUCCCUUCUGAUGUUGGCGAGGAGUGGGCUAUCAACAUGUUCAUGGAUAGACAGACUCUGCUGGAGAGGUAG